AUGGUCGCCGACCGAUCUCUAUUCACGACUUAUCGUCAGACGGCACACACCAAGAUCGGCGGCAUCGCGGGCGGCAUCACGGCUAUCGGCAUGGGGGACGUGGCAUUCGUCGCCAAGACUGGACACCCGAUCACGCUCCGUGGUGUUCUUCACACGCCUGGCCUACACGUCAACCUCCUCUCUGUCUCUCGCCUCUGCGACACCGACCGCGUUCGUCUCGCCUUCACCAGCGACGGCAUCGACAUCGCCAAGGACGGCCGGGCCAUUGCUCACGGUACCAGGGUCAACGACGGUCUUUACCUUUUGGACGCGGAUCACACCAAGUGUCAGCAUCUUGCCUUCCUCUCACGCUCUGAGUCUCCCGUGCCCCUGCUUACCCUACACCGCUGCCUCGGCCAUCUUGCCCCAUCCUCUAUACAGAAGAUGAUUGCUGCAGGUUUGCUGGACGGGUUUGGGGCCGGGUACAGUGACAAAGACGUAGAGGAGUUUGUUUGCAAUGCUUGCCUUGGUUCCAAAGGUCACCGCCUUCCCUUUCCCGACUCUGAGUCGCAUUCCGCCGAGAGACUUGGCCUCGUGCACAGCGACGUCCUGUCGUUCCCCACUCCGUCCUUGACCGGGAAGCGCUACCUUGUCACGUUUCUAGACGACCACUCUCGCAAACUCUGGGCAUAUGCGAUCGAUCACAAAAGCGAUGUUUUCCCGACCUUCCAGACUUGGCUCGCCGAAGUGGAGUUAGAGACGAACGCGCGGUUGAGGAUCCUUCGAACCGACAAUGGCGGGGAGUACCGAUCAAACGCAUUCACGGAGUUCUGCAAAUCCAAGGGCAUUCGUCGUCAAUACUCUAUCCCUUACACGCCUCAACAAAACGGUCGCGCCGAACGUGUCAACCUCUCCAUCGUCGAGGGCGUCCUCGCUCUCCUUGCGGACGCCCGUCUGCCGGCCACCUUUUGGGAUGAAGCGGCUGCGUAUUUCGUUUAUUGCAAAAACAGGUGCUCACACUCAGCUUUGGCCAAACAGACUCCAGAAUCCGUUUGGAACGGCCAACGCACCACCGCCACCGCCCUCCACCCGUUCGGCUGCACAGCCUGGCUCACGGUCGCCCCGGACCUUCGCAGCAAGCUCGACCCCAAGGCCGCGCGCGUGAUCUUCACAGGUUACGACCUCGCCUCCAAAGCUUUCCGUUUCUUUGACCAUUCCAUCAACAAGAUUGUACUUGGUCGCAAUGCCACCUUCCUCGACGACGACUUCCCCGGCCUGCCAGUCACCACGCCCGUCGAUGCAGACGACACCGACCGUCAGUUCGUCGUUCCCGCCGACACGCCCGCCCCUGCCGUCAAGACGAGGACCCCACUAGUAAGGUCGGCGCACAUGGACGUCUCAUCCUCCCUUGAUGAUUCUGCCAUGAGCGCCGUUGACGUGGCCCCAGGGUACACUGGCGGAACCUUACUUAAUUCCACAGAUACCGAAUCGUCCUCGUCACCGUCUCCUGAGCCGUCCUCGUCACCGUCGCCCACAAACCCUUUGUCACCGUCGCCUGCGCUGUCACCGUCGUUGGCAGCGUCAUCGUCACCCUCGGUCUCACCGACCGACUCUGACUACUCCGCCGACCCUCUGGACCUCAUCGGCUCACAGACCCCGACUCGCCUUGGCCCACCGGACGUGCACCGCCCAGACUUCAGCACGUACCGUGAGCCCGCAUCGGCUGAGGAGUCGCCCGACGAACUCGACAUCAUUGGGCGUCACUCGCGCGAUGAAUCGCCGGAUGAAAUCGAUUUCCUCACCCAACACCACCGCGCCUUCAUCGCCACAGACGACGACGACCCCACCCUCGACGCCAUCGAGCCCGUCAAAUCGAUCACUAGCGACCCCCAGACCUGGCGCGAAGCAAUGUCCAGCGACGAGCACAACAUCUGGGCUGAGGCCGCCGCCGCCGAGUUCACCGCCAUGCGCGACGACUUCAAGGUGUUCACCAUCGAGCCUCGCUCAUCUGUACCGCCGGGCGCCACCAUCGUCACCUCCAAAUUCGUCUGGAAGACCAAGCGCAACGCAAGCGGUGAAGUCACGGGGCGGAAGGCACGUCUUGUAGCGCAGGGUAACCGACAGCGCGACGGCAUCGACUUCUCAGAAACCUUCGCACCCGUCGCCCGUUUCUCCUCCAUUCGCUGCCUCCUGGCUCUUGCCGCUGCCAAUGGCUACCACGUUCAUCAGGCCGACAUCGACAAGGCUUACCUCCACGGCGAGCUCGAUCAUGAUAUCUGGAUGACGACACCACGCGGUUUCGACUUCCCGAGCGAUAAGGUUCUCCGGCUGCGACGCUCAAUCUACGGUCUCAAGCAGGCCGGUCGCAUCUGGAAUCGUCACAUUGACACAUCACUCAGGAAUCUGGGGUACAAGGCAACAGGCACUGAUCACUGCAUUUACUCUCGCAUUGACGAUCAGCAGCGGCCUCACUAUAUCGCCUUGUAUGUCGACGACCUCCUCAUUGUCAGUCCAGCCCUCGACGAGAUCGAACGUGUCAUCUCCGGCCUUGAACAGCGGUACGGCGUCAAACGACUCGGCCCCGCGGAGUACAUCCUCGGAAUCCAAAUACGCCGCCUGGACGACGGUUCCAUUGCUCUAUCCCAGGAGCGCUACAUCAUGGACGUGCUGGCCCGUUUCCACUUCGACACCACGACACGCGGCACUACGGUGCCGAUGACGCCCGGCCUCUCGCUCACGGCAAUUCCGGGUCAGGGAACGGAGCGCAUUCGUUCGUGGUACCUACAGGCCAUCGGCUCCCUCCUCUACAUCUCCCUUGGCACUCGACCCGACAUUGCCUUCGCCGUCUCGUACCUGUCCCGGUUCGCCAACAACCCCGGCCGCCGCCAUUGGAUUGCCGUCAAACACGUCCUUCGCUACCUUCGCGCCACGUACCGCGAUGAGCUUCUCUAUGCCCGCGGCCCAGCAAAAGUCACGGGUGUGGUUGGUUAUUCUGAUGCGAACUGGGGCGCCUGCGUCGACACAUCCAUUUCAACGAUGGGCUACGUAUUUUACUUGGCAGGCGCCGCUGUCUCUUGGUCGUCGAAGCGUCAGACUCGGGUAGCGGAUUCCACCACUGAUGCCGAGUACCUGGCCUUGUCGCACGCGGGUAAGGAAGCGAUCUACCUUAACCAACUCCUCUCCGAGCUCCACGUUUGCCCAAUCGCUGCAGCUCACAUCUUCACCGACAACGAGGCCGCGGCCGCCGUCGCUCACGACCCCGUUCGCACCUCCGGCACCCGGCACAUUCGCCUCCGCGAGCAUUUUGUCCGUGACAUGGUCAAUCGAGGUGAUAUCUCUCUCUCACACGUUGGCACAGCAGACAUGGUUGCGGACGUAUUCACCAAAGCGCUAGGCCCCAAGAUUUUUGGUACACAUUGCUAUGCUCUAGGCCUCCGGACGCGACAUCCACGGCUCAAGUCUACCUCGCGUUCGCGUGGGGGGGGGUGUGAGGAAUCCACUCUCCGCUCGGCUCAGGACUUAGGCGCGCGGAGCGAACCGGGCGCGGACUUAGGCGCGCGGAGUGAGCCGGGCGCCCCGGCCCAGGACUUAGGCGCGCGAAGCGAGCCUGGGACUUAG